AUGGAUAGUGAAUCCGAUGAGAGUGAAGUCCAUGAAGGAUUUGUCGACGACAUUCAUGGGCUGCUAAACGAGACGUUUCGGCAUGUGCUUGAAGGAGAUAAAGAUGGUGAUGGGCCAAACGAAGAUGUAAAAAAGUUUUAUAACUUGCUUGAAGAAGGAAAACAAGAGUUAUAUCCUGGCUGUAAAAAAUUUUCGACAUUAUCAUUCAUUAUCCGAUUGUAUUUGUUGAAGACUCUUAAUGGUUGGAGCAACGCAUCCUUUACUGCUCUACUUGAAUUACUGAAAGAAGUGAUUCCUCAUUUGAAUAUUCCUGAUUCUUUUAAUAAAAUCAAGGCCAUGGUAAAAGAUUUAGGACUUGGUUAUAAUAAAAUUCAUGCUUGUCCCAACGAUUGUGUUCUGUUCUGGGAUACAUAUGAAGACGAUGAAUUUUGUCCAAUUUGUGGAGCUUCCAAGUACAUAGAAAAUGUUGAGGUAGAUAUAAAAGUUGAUAAGUUGAAGAAAAAACCUGUGCCUACGAAGGUUUUGAGGCAUUUUCCACUGAUUCCAAGGCUUAAGAAGCUAUUCUUGUGUUCAAAAACAGCUGAAUCAUUAAGGUGGCACGAUGAAAAUCGUUCAAAGGAUGGAAAGUUAAGACACCCAGCUGAUGGCCAAUCAUGGAAGGACUUUGACAGGCUUCAUCCCGAUUUUGCUAAAGAAUCUCGUAACAUAAGAUUAGGGCUAGCUAGCGAUGGAUUUAAUCUAUUUAGAACCAUGAGCAUCUCCCAUAGUACAUGGCCGGUAGUUUUGGUCGCAUACAAUCUUCCUUUAUGGUGUUGCAUGAAACCAGAGUAUGUCAUGAUGUCCUUGCUCAUCCCUGGACCAUGUUCACCUGGAAAAAGCAUUAAUGUCUAUCUUCAGCCAUUAAUUAAAGAGUUGAAGGUUUUAUGGGAAGUUGGAGUGGAAACAUAUGAUGCUUCAAAGAAUAAAACUUUUCAACUACAUGCAGCACUUUUAUGGACCAUAAGUGACUUUUCAGCUUAUGCUAUGUUAUCCGGUUGGAGCACAAAGGGAAAGUUAGCAUGUCCUUGUUGUAAUUAUGACACCUUCUCUUGUUAUUUAAAACAUAGCCGGAAGAUAUGCUACAUGGAUCACCGUAAAUUUUUGGCUAUGGAUCAUCCAUAUAGGAUGGACAAAAGAUCUUUCAAUGGCGAUGUUGAAUUGAGGUCUUCACCAGCUUUAUUAUAUGAGGAACAAAUUUUUGAAGAUUUGAAAGAUUUUGAUAAUGUAUUUGGAAAGAAGCAAAAAAAUAAAAUUGAUGGUCCAUGGAAGAAAAGGUCCAUUUUCUUUGAAUUGCCAUAA